AUGGCAGCAGCAACAGCAGCAGCAACAACAGCUGCACAAAACCAGCAGCACCGACAACAGCAGCAGCAGCAGCAGCAGCAGGAACAGCAACAGCAACAGCAACAGCAGCAGCAGCAGCAGCAGCAGCAGCAGCAGCAGCAGCAGCAGCAGACACAAAACCAGCAGCACCGACAACAGCAGCAGCAGCAGCAGGAACAGCAACAGCAACAGCAACAGCAGCAGCAGCAGCAGCAGCAGCAGCAACAGCAGCAGCAGCAGCAGCAACAGUUUCUUGCCAGGUUUUUUUUAUCGGCCUCUAGCCGCCUCGAUCCUUCUCUUUCUUCUAGCAGCUUCUGCUCCACCUAUCAUGCACCCCAAACCCUAAACCCUAAACCCUAA